UGAUUUAUUUAUGUUUUGUUUCUUGUGCUGAUCUCCACAAUCCUUUUCUGAUUAUUAUAUUUAAUCUUUCACUAAACCAACAUUAAGUGAUAAACCCACUAUCAGUUGUUCAUUAUUUUUGAAUCAUUUACCUUUUGUACUUAAUCAAUUAUUUCGGAAUAAUUUUCUUGAUAAUCAUGAUUCAUGAUUGUUAUGUGGGCUGGAUCGUCAUGGGUCUAUUUUUCUAGCCUGUAAAGUUUAAUCAAAACUGAGAGCAUAGCAAAUGUCUAAAAUAUCGUUAGAAUAAUUUCAUUAGACCAAUACUAUCAACCUUUGUUUUUAUGCAGGUUAGAAAACCCUAUAUAUGUGUUGGUAUGUCAAUUUUUUAUAUAUGAAAAUAACUAUAUUAAGUUAUGCAUAAUAUUCACUUCCAUGUUCAUUAACUUGAAUCAUUCCCUUUAAAUUGACAGAGAAAAUACACUAAACAAAAAUCAAAAGUAACCUCUAAAUCAAUAAUUAAGUACAUGAUGAAUAAAGAAACAAUAAUUUACAACAUAAGUAUAGUAAUCAAAACAAAAAGCAAAAUGGGUUUCGUUCAUGUUUACUCAUUGUUUUGUCCUAUACGUCAACGAAAUCUCUCAGUCAAUCGGAUCUCAAUAUUAAUAUGGUUCUCUCAAGUAUUUUCUAAAAUUCUCAUCCUCAAAAGAUUAAACACAAUAACAUUUUAUAUCGAGUUAUACUGAAAAAGAUAUAUUCUACAAUGUAUAUAAACUUGAGGGAGAAAAAAUAAAGCUGCACUUUUGUACGCCAUUAGAGAGACACAUGUAAACUAACAAAUUGAGUUACUAUAUACAUUUGCGCACACAAAAAGAAAAGUUUAUAUAAAAUAACAAAUCCCACCUUGUUCUUUUUUUCUUUUACCCUCUGCAUAAACCCUUUCAUGCACUAUAUAUAAUCGUCAUUAGUAGUAUUAAUCUUCCUCCAAGAUAAUAUUUUGGUUAACUAUAGAUUAGUAACUACAUUUUGAGAAUGGGAGGUUUAGGUUCACCAUGUGGAGGAUGCAAGUUCUUGCGUAGGAAAUGUGUAGAAGGUUGUGUAUUUGCACCAUACUUUUGCUACGAAGAAGGGUCCGCUAAUUUUGGAGCCAUUCACAAAGUCUUUGGUGCCAGCAACUUCUCUAAGCUCAUUUCUAAUCUCCCUGUUCAUGACCGUUGUGAAGCCGUACGAACCAUCUCUUACGAGGCUCAGUCUCGUCUCCAUGAUCCUAUUUACGGCUGCGUCUCCCAAAUCUUCUCCCUCCAGCAACAGGUUGUUAGUCUACAAGCACAAGUGGUACUCCUUAGAGAACAAGCUUCUAGAAAGUUCCCUCAAGAGGAUUGCAUGGAACAAGGGAAGGUUCUAGCCCAAGAUAUGCCCCAGGAUCUUCACAGUUGGUUUAACCAUGUAGUCUCAGACUCCAACCUUAACCAAAUGAGUGAUGUUGCGUCAACGUCCAUGGACUGCAAUGAGUCAUUUUGCAGCUCAAAUGAAUCUCUUUACUACCCGGAAUCCAUGUUUCCAUGGUCUGUUUGAGUACAAGUGACUAGCUUGCG